AUGUCAGGAGGAACGUUGUUGGAGAGGCUGACCAGAGAUGGACCGCUGCCCGAGUUGGACGUCUCGAAAAUCGUCGGCGGUUUGGCCAGCGCUCUCAAGUUUCUUCACGACAGAUCCGUGGCACAUAGGGACCUCAAACUUGAGAACAUCUUGUGCUCGGCGCCUGGCGACAGCGGCAGCAGCAGCAGCAGCAACUACAAUCAAGAUGGAAACCUUAGCGGCCUACAUCCGGUCAAGUUGUGCGAUUUCGAUCUGAGUACAGAGUUCAGUGGUCUUCGAGUGGUCAGCAAAAAUGACGGCAGCGGUGGCAGUCGUUGCUGGGGUGAUGAUGAUUAUGAUACCAGCUUCACCAUCACCACGAUGAAUAACUUUGCGUCGGCUGUCGGUUCACUAGAUUACAUGGCGCCUGAAGUGGUUAGCGUGUGGCUGUACGAGUCGGAUCAGUACACAGAGCAGUGCGACCUCUGGAGUCUGGGUGUCGUCAUGUUCAUUCUGCUGUCUGGUCUCAAGCCCAUCGUUGCUAGGCGGCCUCACAACUGUGUCUGUCGGAUGAGGACUGACUACUAUCAGUGCGAGUAUUGUAAGGAAGAGCAUUUUGAGGAGAUCAAGAGAGGGAGGUACGACAUGUCUGGUCCGGAGUGGUCCUCCAUUUCCGAGGGGGCCAAGGAUCUCAUCCGGGGUUUGUUAGUCGUCGAUCCGACGAAACGUCUAACCGCCCAGCAAGUUCUCGCACAUCCCUGGAUCGUGGACCCACUGUCACAUCUCCGAAUACCGGAUCCACUGGCACAUCCCUGGUCUGUGUUGGAUCCGGUUGCGUUUAGACCGUCUGCUCCUGUUCCCAUUCCAUGCACUCCAUGCAGGAAGGCGAAGAGCAACAGAAACAAGUACAACUACAAUGACGACCGCAACAACAAUUUUGAGAAUCAGAUGAUGAAGAUGUUGCAACUGAGAGAUGGUGACGAGGACGGCUGCGACGACAACCACAGCCACAACCACAGCGACGAAGUUAACGACAGAAGCGACGACAUCAGCGGCAACAUCAACGUAAGCAGCAUCUUUUCAAGUCAGCUAUCAAACUACUGUGGCUCGGAAGAUGAAGGGGAUGAGGACGACGAUGAUGAUGAUGAUGAUGGUGAUGAUGAUGAUAGCAAUGAAAGUGAUGAUGAACGUGAAGAUGCUGAUGCUAAUCAAGACGAUAACGAGCGCCAAGAUGAUGAUGAUGAUGAUGAUGAAGAGGGGGAAGAAGAUGAUGAGGAUGAUGAUGAUGGUGAUUAUGGAAGACAUUGGGUCUUUGUUGAAUAUAGUCCGUUCUUCAUGGAUCUCGAUGAUAACAAAAUCGAGGAAUCCCAACUAAAACGAGAUGAAACUGAAACUGAAACCGACCAAUUUGUUUCUUUAUUAUCGUCGUACGAGAAACCGAAAGUAGCGGGGAUGUGUGAUGGAGAGAGUAGGGAUGUGCCUGUUCAGAAGAUGUUAUUAUUUGGAAGUUGUGAUAGCGGAAAUGUUAGUGGUGUCAGUCCGCUCGGCAGUCCUGUUCUGAAGUUCUGAUUGGCUGCUUGAGUGAACCAAUUGCGUUAUUUCCUCUAAAAAUAACCCGACUACGAUGAACCAAUAACAUAACCGCAUCUAAAAAUAACCCAACUACACUUGUGAUAAUAAAUAUAAUAGUUAUAAUUAACUUUUAUAAAUAGUUCUAACGGAUUUUUACUAUUCAAUGACAACUUCUAGCCAAUAAAUAUUCACCCAGUGGGGUUGGCGUAAUAGUGGGAGGAGUUGUUUUAAAUGAUCGCGCGAUCUGAUUGGUUGGCUUGUAGUAGGCCGGUAAUCUUAUUGGCUAAUUUUUAUUGGUGCUUCAAAACUCUGGCUUAAUUAUUAUGCAAUUGUGUUGUGUGUUAUUAUUUUGAAUUAAUUUUUUUAAAUUUUCCUUAAUUUUCAUCGUUAUUAUUAACACGGUUCAACUUUAAAUGUAAAAUAUCGGUUUUAUUUCAUAGUUUUUUUUAUUAUUGUUGUUAUUAUUUUAUUGUUAUUAUUAUUAUUUGGUUGUACGGUUUACUUUGUUCAUUAACAUGAACGCAUUGAGAAAGAAAAUUGUAAAUACUUUGUUUUUAAAGGUGUGACGUCACGUCGCUAUUAGCAUUUUUUUUUUGUUUACAUCGUGAUCACCGACGAUGAUGAUAGCGAAGGUGAUCAUUACCAUCACCAUCAUCAUCAUCGUGGUCUUCAUCAUUUUUUGAAGACAACGGUGAUAAUGAUGAUGAUAAUGCGAUCAGUUAGAAUUACUAUUAAUAGUAGUCAUCGAUCUUAAAAAAAAACACCACCAUCAGCGUCUUCGUCGUCGUCAUCAUCACAUUCAGCUUCACCAUCAUCACCAUCAUCAUCAUCACCGUUGUUUUCUAUUUUUCGUUGUCUAAUUUAGAAAUCUUUAUAAUUAUAUUUCCAUUUGUGAGUUCAUUUACUGUUGUCAAUUUCAUCUUAU